UAUGUCUAGGCACUCGUAUUAUGUCGGCUGCCUUGUGGACAAAAUGUUCUUUCGGUUCCCUAGUAGCUCUGUGGUAACUCCUCGGGGCGUGUAUCACUGCUGAAAUGUUGUGUUUCGUCUCGCGGUCACGUUAAAUUGCUCAUCGUAGUCUUCAGGGUUUUGUAAGUGCCAAGCAAGAUGCCGAUCUAUGAAGGAAUAGGCAUGGUGGCCGAGAAAAACUCGGUGGUGUUUGACUUCGGACGCGCCUACACCAAGUGUGGCUUCGCGCGGGAACCGAGCCCCCGAUGGAUCAUACCAAGCUGCGUUCCAAUGGGUCGGAACAACCAGAUGCAGCCUAUCUGGAACUACUGGGCUCAGGAUGACCUCACUACCAUGCUCAAGGAGUUCAUGUACACCCUGUACUUCAGGCAUCUCUCAGUCAACCCCAAGGAUCGACGAGUGGUUGUCGUCGAGUCUGUGCUGUGUCCAACGCUGUUUCGCAACACGGUUGCGCAAGUGCUCUUUGAGCACUUUGAGGUUCCAGCCAUAGUUUUCGUGCCGUCGCAUCUCAUGGCCUUGUACACCCUUGGGAUCAACUCCGCGCUUGUCCUCGACUGCGGAUACUAUGAGAGUGUCUCACUGCCGAUAUCCUUUUACUGUGCGCUUGUUUUCUCGGGAGGAAGCAAUCCUUCAUCAGCUUGGCGAUAAGUUAGCGAAAUUUCA